AUGGUUGUCGAUACGGCAUACUACGACAUCCUGGGCGUCCAGCCCACCGCCACAGAUAUCGAGAUCAAAAAGGCCUACCGAAAGCUGGCCAUCGUCCACCACCCGGACAAGAACCCCAACGACCCCUCGGCCCACGAAAAGUUCCAGGAGAUUGGUGAAGCCUACCAGGUCCUGUCCGACAGCGACCUCCGCGUUGCCUACGACAAGUAUGGAAAGGAUAGCGCCAAGCCCUCCGAGGGCUUCGCUGACCCCGCCGAAUUCUUCACAUCCAUCUUCGGCGGCGACGCCUUUGUCGACUGGAUCGGCGAGAUCAGCUUGAUGAAGGACCUGACGGCCACCAUGGACAUCACCAUGCAGGAGGGCGAGGAAGGCGCCGACGGUGAGGAAGCUGCCGACGGUGAGUCCCCCGCUACCGAGGACGCCAAGAAGGAGGGCGCCAAGGCUGCAGCCGGCGCAGAGAAGACGGACGCAACCGCCAGCACCCCCCCACCGGCCGUUGUCGUCGAGGACGAGAAGGAAGCCCCCAAGGCGCAGGAUACCACCCCGACUGUCGCCGAUGCCACCCCCGCUGCCGCUGGCACGACCCACGUGCCCACCCCCUCCGCGGCCGGAGCGAGGACACCGUCCCCGAGCCCCUCGGGCACUUCGAAGCGCCAUCAGAUCCCCCUCCGUCCUGCCCUCAUGGACAAGCCCUCGGACGAACUCGGGGCGAACGCCGAGUCGGAAGAAUCGCUCCGCAAGAAGGAGAAGAAGAAGGGCAACCUCACAAAGGAGCAGCGCGAACAGCUCGCCGCCUACGACAAGGAGCGUGCCCGUGUGCGACAGGAGCGCGUCGACACCCUCGCCCGCAAACUCCUCGACAGGAUAAGCGUGUGGACCGAGACGGACAAGGGCGCCGACGUCACCAAGGCCUUCCAGGAAAAGACCCGUCUCGAGGUGGAGAAUAUGAAGAUGGAGUCUUUCGGCCUCGACAUUCUGCACGCCAUCGGCCAGACCUACCUCGCCAAGGCCACGGCCCUUCUGCGGAGCCAAAAGUUCCUCGGCAUCGGCGGCUUCUUCAGCCGCGUCAAGGACAAGGGCACCAUCGUCAAGGAGACGUGGAACACCAUCAGCUCCGCCAUUGAUGCCCAGCAGACCAUUGAGGAGAUGGCGCGCAUGGAGGAGAAGGGCGGCGAGGAGUGGUCCGAGGAGCGCAAGGCCGAGUAUGAGCGCCGCGUCACGGGCAAGAUCCUUACGGCCGCGUGGCGCGGCUCCAAGUUCGAGAUCCAGAGCGUGCUGCGCGAGGUGUGCGACUCGGUUCUCAACGACAAGAAGGUGCCCCUGGCCAAGAGGCUCGAGCGCGCCGAGGCCCUGGUCAUCAUUGGCGAAAUCUUCUCGAAGGCCCAACGGUCCCCCGAGGAGGAGGGAGACUACCUCGUCUUCGAGCAGCUUGUCGCCGAGGCGGCCAUCAAGAAGGACAAAGAGUCCAAGAAGAAGGGCAAGAAGACCACGUCAGCCGAGGUGGCCGAGGACGCCCCCAACGUCCCCAAGCCCGAGAAGUCUUAG